GGAAAAAAUGGAGCCCAGACUUCUUGGACGGUCUGUUAGUACAAUUAACCGCACAGCAAGCCAUAUUAUUUGAAAAUUGUAUGAAACAGAGAUGACAAGUUCAGCAGCUGGAAUUAGCUGAGGUGAGGUGACAGCUAACAGACAGCAGACAAACGGCUAGUAGUGACAGCAACAGCAAUCCACCUGUCUCUCAAGUGACCACGCCCUUAAUUAUGCAGAACUUUAAGGCUUAAUUUUAAUUUAAACGGAUGAGUUAUAAAAAAAAAAUCACCCCCUAACAGUUGUCAUGAAGGGCAAAAUUAGCUAUAUAGACCAAAACCACUUUUUGUACCAGGCUGUAAACAUAUUUUUUUCUGCUGUAAAGUUGGGCAUUUUAACAUGGAGUGUCUUUAGGAUUGACUCCCUUUUGGAGCCUGUCUCUAGCGGCCAGUCGAUGAAUUGUAGUUUAAGUCACUUCCGUGUUGAAUUCAAGAGAGAAACCGGAAGGUUGCUGCUUGUCUCUGCUGAUAGAGCCCCUUUCCUUUCGUUUCCUCCUUCUCCAUUUCUUCCCAAGAAACUGCGCCGUAUCGCAAAACUGCAAGCUGCCCUCUCUCUCUGUUGCUCUUUCUCUCGGGCUCCGUCCCAAAUGGCACCCUAAACACUCGCGGUCUUUCUACGAGUCCGCACUUUCGUGACGUGACGCCGCUUUGACUGUCGGGAAGACGUCUAGUGCGGGCUCAGCAAAAGGGCUCAUCGAGGGCGCACAUCGAGCGCAAAGGGGGCGCUCGCGAGCACCCUUCUGAAAACUAAAAUGACAAAUGGGACACUCUACGGUUUCAUUGACUCAAUGGACGCGCGCACGCGGCAGCCAUUGUAAGUCCACAAGACCGAAAGUGCAUGAAGUAUGCCAUUUGGGACAGGGCCUAGGUGUCACUGUCGGGUAACCAUGGCAACGGAUAGCGUAUCCUGCAAAUACGGCAACGCCUUCCCGAAAUGCAACGCGCAGUGAAAACAUCGUGACGUAACUCCUCGUUCUCUAUAGAACGAUUCGGUGACCAAUCGGACAUCGAUAUACCACAGCAGCACCCUACUGUACAUUACUGAACAACUUUGACUUGGCUCCGUCAUAAACACACACACUUUAAUGCCAUACAUUUCCUGCAUAAAUCUGUAAAUCAGCUUUGACUUCCUCUUCCGGAGUGAAUGGGUUGUCGAACUCAGCAAGUGGCCCGUGUGCGGUUAUCAUGGGCAUAAACUCCAUUUCGCUACUGUCACACGCAACAGGUAAGUAUUAAAAAUACUGCGUCAUAGUUUCACGACAACGACUGCUUGUGAAAUAGCUGAACACUAUCAAACAACGCAUAAGAAAUCAACUGCUCUCUUUUCUGUAGUUCAGUUCUAACAGUAUCGACAUUUGCAUAUGUACACUGGAAAGACCUAGUUUUCUUCAGAGGUGACGCAAAUGCUGUGCGCCGUCCUGGGUCACUCCGAGAAUAUUUGGCGAGGUAUUUGUCAUCUACAUGGGAAUGGGGGACAUGAAGACACCAGAUUUCGAUGACCUGCUGGCAGCGUUUGACAUUCCAGAUAUUGAUGCCAAAGAAGCAAUUCAGUCUGACACCGAUGGUAAUCAUAAUGAACGCAGUGGUGUUGCUGGAAAGGAGAGAAGUGGAAGUCCAUGCCUAAGACCCCCAGAAAGCCCUGAGUCUGUUCCUUUAGCUCCUCACAGCGACCCUCCUGUGGUCAGUGUGAUUGUAAAAAACAGUGUACAUUCUGAUGACAAAACUGAAGAGGAUGUAACUGGAGACUUUCCUGGUGCUGAUGCAUCACAUGAGUCUCCAGGUUCCAGAGAAGAUGACCUAAUGCCUCCAGAUCCAUUCAUCUAUAAUGGACUCAAAACUGUCUCAGAUGGGGCUACACAACCCUCUCCAUCACCAGCUCUGACCCAGAUGCAGCCCAAUGGGCCACUUUGGUCUCUCUCUUCCUCUAGAGUGUCUGAUGACAACCAGGAUGGCAUUUCUUCUAAACGUCCUGCAUCCAGCACUUUCUCCCCACCUCAGUCCUUACCCCUGACUGAUCCCCCCAUCUUAUCCUCACAUUUAAUUAGUUCUAACUUUCCCCCCAGAGUUGAUUGUGAGGAAGCUCAACCAUUAAAUGGCACUUUGAGGGCAGGAGUCCGCCGCCGUUUAUCCGAAGAUGAAGAAUCUGAACCAGACCUCGGUAGCCCUGCACUUGUCAUACAGGAGAGCCCAGAUUCCCAGCUGUGCUCUGCUCCCAAGGUACCACGAUUACAACGGUCCCCUUCAAGUGUGUUUCAGCUGCCCUCUCCCUCGUCCCCUUCCUUACCAGUGAGUAACACUCAAAUUGAGGAGCCCCCAAAACUUCUACAAAGCAGCGUCAACCCAACAUCAGUGACCUCCAAAAAUGAUUUGCCAGCUAAAGAAAAAGACAUUGAGCACAUAAUAGAGGAGAGAGAUUCUCCAGAGAGCCCUGAGCCAGAAAUCCCUCAACCUCAUACUUCUCUACCCUCAAAUCAGCUCGGAGCCAAUGAGUCAGAACAGAAGGAGAGAAGAGAAGAAGCCCCUCAAGAUCAAGUUAUUGACAUGAGUGUAAGUGUGCAGGAGAAGAGCAGUGUUCAGAAAAAAAAAGAUUAUGAUGGAGCUGAGGAGACCGAAGAGAAAUCUACAGUGCCUAGUUUGGUAGAUUCGGUCUCUGAAGAUGUCACAAACUCCAGCAAGACCUCCGCCAAGCCUCUCAAAGUGAGAAUCAAGACUGUCAAAACAUCUGCCGGAAACAUCACACGUACUGUAUCUAAAGUGGCUCCCAAAGGAGGGGCCUCCAAGGGUCCAGGCGGCUCCAAAGUUCAAGCAGGGGCCCGUAAGUCAGUCCACAGGAUUCAGAGAUCUGGCGCUGCUUCUCAAGGACCACCUCAGGUGACGAUGUUGCCCGUGUCCACCCUUCAGGAUGCCAGCACAGCUAUGUUAUUUGCAGCCAGCAGGGCACAGAAUCAAAUAGCCACCACUCUCUCUGCCACUGCUGUCAACAUCACCAGAACGUCAACCCUGCCAUCCAUCUCCUCUCUGGGGCAGAAAACGAUGAAUGGGAACCCUGGGACAGCCAAACCAGCCUCCAUUGUGAACAGCCCAGGAGCUGUGAUCUCACGCAGCCAGUCUAGCCUCGUGGAGGCCUUCAACAAAAUCCUCAACAGUAAAAAUCCACUGCCAAGUUAUCAGCCGGACCUCUCCACCAUGCCUCCCCCUGAAUGGGGUCUUCGAUUGCCCUCAACGGGAUAUCGUUGCCUUGAGUGUGGGGAUGCGUUUGCCCUGGAGCGCAGCCUGGCAAGGCACUAUGAUCGCCGCUCUAUGAGAAUCGAGGUGACCUGUAACCACUGCUCCAAACGCCUGGCCUUCUUCAAUAAGUGCAGCCUGCUGCUCCAUGCACGAGAACACAAGGAGAAGGGGCUGGUUAUGCAGUGUUCACACCUCGUCAUGAGUCCGGUCAGUGUGGAGCAGAUGAUUGGCCAGCAGGAUACCGUGCCUAUAGGGAUGCUCUCUCCUGCUCUGCCUGCCCUUAAAGAAAGUGGUGGCCAACUGACUCAAUCUUCUGAUAACAGCUGUCCAGAGUGUUGGAGUCCAUUCAAAGGGAAGGCAGAAAUAGCAGCACACUUUCAAGAGGUGGAUCCUGGUGUCACUGACAUGUGUUGUAUGCAGUGUUCUCCUCAAAUGCCACUGUGGAACUCAUGCAGUGCUGCAGCUCACCGCCGUUUACAUCAGCAGCUUUCUCCACUGGUUUGCCCUGAAUGUGGUGUCAUCUGUCAGCUUCAUGACCUCAACACUCACCUGAAUCAAACCUGCCUGCAUUACUCACGUCGCCUUGGAUAUAGAUGUGCCUGUUGUCAUUUGGUGUUUGGAGGAGUGAAUAGUCUGAACGCUGUGAAGACUCACAUGCAGACGUCUCACUGUGAGGUCUUCCAUAAAUGCCCCUCCUGCCCCAUGGCUUUCAAAUCACCCUCUGGUGCUGAAGCCCACUGCACCUCCCAGCAUCCUGAACUCCCUGAAACGGCAAGACAGUCUAAGGAGAUCUAUAAAUGCGUGUUGUGUCGGACUGUUUUUACCCAGAAGGCAUUGCUCAAUGUCCAUUUCGACACUCACUUAGCUAAGCAGAAGAUGCACGUGUUUAAAUGCCCUGACUGUAACAAGCUCUUCACGCAGAGAGGUUCCCUCCUUGAGCAUGUUAAGGACUCUCACAGGGACAUUUAUGACACUUUGGCACAGAACAACUUGGUAAAGAUGGAUAGCUCUGAUGGGGAGGAGUGGGGACGAAAUGAAGACAAAGGAAGAGUGGCAAGAGAGGAUGGGAACUCGCAUAUCCAGAUCUGGAGCUGCUCACAGUGCCAGACGCGCUACAAAGAGAAAGAGAGCUACAUCACCCAUAUGUCCGAGCAGCAUGGCAAGGAACUGAAGAAGUUUCCAUGCACUCUUUGUGAAGGCUCCUUCUCUUCAUCCUCAAGUUUAAGACGGCACAUUCGUGUGAAACACAAAGGCAUCAAAAGAGCUUUUUAUUGCCAACUUUGUACAGGUGGGAAGAGGAGUUUCAGCAGUAAGCUGAUUCUUGAGAAACAUAUUGAGGCUCAACAUGGAGGUGACAAACGAGCAGCCAAACAGGCAGUUCCUCAAAUCACAGAUGCAGCUGACAGCUCAUCUGAGCAUGAUGGUGCUACUUUGGGCGGGGCCUCAGUUGAAGCAGAAAGCCAAUUGGCUGAGAGCAGCCUGACCAGACAUGGUAAAAGAGCUGCAGCUGAGGAGCAAGAAGCCACAGGAUUUCGCUGCAUGCCGUGUGGUUUUACCACAGAGGACAGGGAGGAAUUUCUCCAGCAUAUUGUUUGUCACCGUGACGGGGGCAGCACCUUUCAGUGUCAGCAGUGCGGGGCAUGUUUCGCAUCCGCCUCCUCCCUCAGCAGGCAUCUCUUCAUUAGCCAUCGCGUGCGUGAUUCCCCCUCCGAUCACCCCGAGGCAUCUCCUGUCACUGGUUUAACUUCUGGACAUGUGACCUCUGACUCUGCAGUUGCAGCAUGGUCCCCGGGGUCACCAUCGAGUGUAGGGGGGACACAGGUAGAGGAUGGGGAAGGUAAGCACACCUGUAAGGUGUGUGGACGUUACUUUAGCAAACCUGCUGAUCUUAAUACACACUUCAGAACUCAUGGCAUGGCCUUUAUCACCGCAUACAAAACAGACAAACCAGCGUAGAGAGUCAGGAAAGAAUUAACAUGAGAGUGAAACUGAUGAAACCUGGCAGGUACAUGUCUGGGAACAUAUGCCACCCCAAAAUCAAAAACAAAAAAUAAGAAAUUAUAUUUUACUUGAAGAAAAUGAAGCCUAAUUUUAGGACUGUUUUUAAUUUUAAGAUUUUUUUUUUUUCAUUAUAUUUAAUUUAUUUUGUGACUUUUUUUUAUUAAGCACACCAAUUCUAAUUACUGUAAUAAAGUUAAAAAAAAAAAAAAAGAUAUAUUUCAUUUCAAAUUUUUUCAAUUUAUUUAUAUAAUGUAUUCCCCUUUAUUUAUGCUGAUUUUAAAUUAAAAAUUACAGCAUCACCGUAACAAAUAACAUCUAAUCUAAUUAGACAAAAUCUCAAAAGUAAAAUGUCCAGAUAUACAGUUUUGGCAAAAAAUUGUUAUGAAAAUGUAUAUUUAAUUAAAGUAGAUUUAAAUUUCUUUAUGCAACAUAUAAUUUCUUAUAUAUUUUUUCUUCAAUUUUGAUCGGGGUGAAAUGUGAGCAGUGUUUUUGUGACAUUCAGCAGAAAGUGAACUUAACUGAGAGUCUGCAGAUUAUUAACAUUUAGGUUUGUCGCAGGCUUUUAACACUCCACAAUCACAUGAGAAAUACACUGCGUCAGGGCAAAUCAUGUUUGUAAUAACAUGUAGUAACUCUACUAGACCAGUUUUGCAAAGUCAAGGAGAGCCUGAUGUCGAUCAAGUAAUGCUGUAGUAGAGGAGUGAUUUAGGUUUGAUCAACCUAUAAAGUGAUUGCAACAAGCUCUUAAUUAAUCUGAGGGGUUAGGAGAAGGGCAAGACACUGAACGUCAUGUUUUUGAGUUCUUAACAUAAUCUGAGGGUCAUGCACUUGUUUACCAGUCCUGCUAUAUUUCUGUGCCUACUGAUUCUUUGUUGCAAAAAAAAAAAAAAAAUGCAGUCCGUUUUCUCUAAUGCAAAAUGCAGCUUACUAUAAAAAAAAAUACUGUAAUUACUAACAAUUUAGCACAGCCAAAUGAUCCCGAAUCAGGUGACUCCUUUGUGCUUGAAUAAUUAUUUUUGUUUAAUGUCUGUAUUUCUUCUAUUUGUGUUUCCAUAGAUUCAAAUCAGGAAACUUGCUGAAUAGUUGCUGAUCUUUAAAAUGAGAAUGAAAUAAGUGCCUUCUUCAUUUAGUCUUAAGAUUCUUUAAGACAAGAUUACACUUAAAGGCCUCAGAUGAUAAUUUCCUCACUGGGAGGAAUUUGUAUUGUGUGUGUGUGUGUGUGUGUGUGUGUGUGUGUGUGUGUGUGUGUGUGUGUGUGAGAUGGAGUUGAAAAAGUUAUAUUUUUAUUUUUUAUGUUUGUGCUGGAGUUAUGUUUUAUUGAUGCCUUACACAUCAUGUCUUCUGGUUUUCUUUUUAAAGAUGAUUAAUAGAGCUUUGUUGUAAUGUAACCUCUUGCAUUCUCUCUUUUUUUUUUUUUUUUCUUUGGCUGUUUCAUAUUGAUUUUGUUCAGAUAAAUAAAAAAUUGUAAUGGCUAAAUCA